AUGGUGGCCUACAUACACCAGGAUCUGCCAGAGUUCAGCCCUUCGAUAAAUCACACUCCAUGUGUUGACAACAUAAAUGGUUUGACAUCUGCUUUCCUCUUCUCCCUGGAGACUCAGGUUACUAUUGGCUAUGGUUUCAGGUGUGUUACGGAACAGUGUGCCACUGCCAUUUUCCUGCUGAUCAUUCAGUCUAUCCUAGGGGUUAUCAUCAACUCGUUCAUGUGCGGGGCCAUCUUGGCCAAAAUCUCUAGGCCCAAAAAGAGGGCAAAAACCAUCACCUUCAGCAAGAAUGCCGUCAUCAGCAAGCGUGGCGGAAAGCUGUGUCUCCUCAUUCGGGUGGCCAACCUCCGAAAAAGCCUUUUGAUUGGGAGCCACAUCUAUGGCAAGCUCUUGAAAACCACCAUCACACCUGAAGGGGAGACCAUCAUCUUGGACCAAGUCAACAUAGACUUCGUAGUCGAUGCCGGAAAUGAGAAUCUCUUCUUCAUCUCCCCCUUGACCAUCUACCACAUCAUUGACAAGCGCAGCCCCUUCUUUCACAUGACGGCGGACACCAUCCUUCAACAUGACUUUGAGCUGGUGGUGUUUCUGGAUGGGACGGUGGAAUCCACCAGUGCCACCUGCCAGGUGCGGACCUCUUACAUCGCCGAGGAGGUGCUGUGGGGCUAUCGCUUUGCUCCUAUGGUCUCCAAGACCAAAGAAGGGAAGUACAGGGUGGACUUCCAUAACUUUGGCAAACCUGUGGAGGUGGAGACCCCUCACUGCGCCUUCUGCCUUUACAACGAGAAAGAUGCCAGAGCCAAAGCAAAGAUGGGCUAUGACAACCUCGGCUUCCAAAUUCAAGGAGUCGGUGAAACCAAUGACACAAAAAUGUAA